AAUCUUAACUUUCAGAAUCUUCUUCCCUCACCAAUACAGUCGCAGUAUUUCAUCUGGGCUUCUUAAAUCUAAGCCAUUAAAAUGACCAAGUUUUCUUCUUUUUCUCUAUUUUUCCUAGUAACUGCGGCUUAUAUAACUCCAGAAUGUUUCAACAUGGAGAUUAUUGGAGGGAGAGAAGUGUCACCUCAUUCCAGGCCAUUCAUGGCUUCCAUCCAGGAUGACGGCGGUCACGUUUGCGGAGGCGUUCUGAUCCAUCCGGAGUGGGUGCUGACCGCGGCCCACUGCCGCUUUCGGUUUGCCAAACGCCAGUCUGCUAAAGUGGUUUUAGGAGCACACUCUCUCUCAAAGAAUGAGGCCUCCAAACAAAUAUUAGAGAUUAAAAAAUUUAUACCAUUCUCAAGAUUUAGAUCAGAUCCUGAAUCGAAUGAUGUUAUGCUGGUUAAGCUUUACACAGCCGCAAAACUCAACGAGUAUGUCCAGCUGCUCCACCCAAGAUCCAAAAACGAUAUUAGAGCUGGAACGAAAUGCCAGGUUACUGGCUGGGGGGCCACCGACCCAGAAGUUUUAACCCCCUCUGAUACCCUGCAAGAAGUCACUGUUACUGUCAUAAGUAGAAAACUUUGCAACAGCCGAAGUUAUCACAACCACAACCCUAUAAUAACUAAAGACAUGAUAUGUGCAGGAGAUGCCAAAGGCCAGAAGGAUUCCUGCCAGGGUGACUCAGGUGGCCCCUUGGUCUGCAAAGGUGCCUUCUAUGCCCUAGUCUCUGGAGGUCGUAAGUGUGGUGAUGCCAAGAAACCUGGAGUCUACAUCCUAUUAAGCCAGAAAUAUGAGGCUUGGAUCAAACGCAAGCUUCACCCAUCUCAUGGGAACUGAGACUACAAAUGAUUUUCUUGGAUCUACCAGUUGCUUGCUUUUGUUUCUGUGUUUGUUUUUCAUAAUAUGUUCUACU